AGUCUCCGGAUAACCGACGGUAAACAAGGCAACGAAGCUCCACACCUAGGAAUACCAUUGCAGCAACACGAGCGCAACAACCCCCUCGCCCUGCGCGACUCCAACUGAACCCAAAUCCAUCACAAACCACGUGCGACGAAGCCUCAAAGCUCAAAAUACCGAAAAAAUGGCGCGCGCAGGACACUCAGGCACAGUCGUCGGCUCGGCGAUAGUAGUACGGGAAAAGUACUACUGGCCAGACUUACAACUGAACAUCUGGACAAUAGUUAUGCUGGCAACAGCAGGGCUAAUAUUGGGCGUGAAUGCGCAAUUCAUGGAUAUACAGAAUCGAAUGGGGUUGGGAACGCCAUGGAUCAUGCCCUAUGGCGUCACAGUAGGCACUCUCGCUAUCAUUUUCAUCAUUAUCGAAAUCAUCUACAUUGCGCAACGGAAGCUCCUUCCUAGCGUCAUGAUGUUGUUUUCCUUCAUCCUGCUCGUCCUCUUCCUCGCCGGCGUCAUUGGAACUGCGAUACAACUCUUCGCUGGACCCAAUAUCAACAAUCAAUGCAAUACCUAUGUAUUCAAUAACGAUGCAAGGGGUCCCACCAUGGAAACGCUAGCUUUUUUGCAGCAGAGGAAUAUCUGCCAAUGCUGGCAGGCUCAAUUUGCAUUCUGGAUCAUCGGAACGGUGUUUCUCGUCUGGAUGAUGGUUAUGGCUAGCCAAGUCAACUCCAACACCUACGUCAGAUAGUAGGAUGUUGUGGUCUUGGCUAUUUUUUUGUUAUGAGAAACAUUUCCAAACUUCUUUGCAUGUAAUGCUUUUUUUCUUCCUUUUCUUCUACAAUUCAUGCGCCACGUGUCUAUGAAUGUAUUGAUGGUAAGCAUGUACCAU